AUGGCAACCUGGUGCAGGUCACUUUUUAGCAACAGCUCGGUAAGCACGGUUUCUGAGGCACGUUCGAACGGCAUUGACAUCAAUAACCUGAAUAAUUUCAGGUUCGAUGGCGGUGUGACGGUCUACGAUCGACAGGGGGCAACAGCUGAGGUGAUCGCAUUGGAAAGCAACUGCACUCAGCUGGUAUGGGACAAAGAAGGCGACAUCCUAGCCGUACUGACCGACAAUAACAACGUCGUGACGCUGUGGAACUCGAACAACAGAUCAACCAAGCUGCUGACCAUAAACUUGGGAGUCAACAAAACAUCGAUCGUCGGAAAGCACACCAAAAGAAUCACUUGCGGAGACUUCAACGAGGAAGAUUUGCUAGCCUUGGGAUCUGAAGAUCAGCAGAUAACGAUCAGCAGGGCUAAUGGCGAUCAGCUAUACUCUUAUCAAUGCACUGGACUUCCAACUGACCUGCAGUUCCAUGACACGAAACUUGACGUGUCUCAGAAAUCAACUCGUUCAGUGAUCAGCGUGAUAAUUACUGAACAAAACCUGAUGCUCAUUCAGCUGCACAAUCCACAGGGACCGGUUAGCCUCCAGUUUCAAGCACGAUACGGAAAAAUUGUGCAGUAUCGAUGGUGCAAUGAUGAAUUGAUCAUCAUAGGUUUCCAAUUUGGUUAUAUAGCUUCAAUAUCGACCCGUGAUUUCGAAUUUGGGCAGGAAAUGUUUUCCAUUCAAGAUCAAAGGAAUUGUCUUUCUGGAUUGACGGUUAGUGCCGCAUUCGGUAAACUGUUCACCACUGGUGAUUCAGGGCUGAAGCUGCGGAAUUUGAGCAACCUGGCGGAGGCGAGUUCAAUUAUAAGCGUGGGCGGCGAAAGCACCGCUUUCAACGGAGUUGAAGUUACCGACGACGGUGUCAUGGUGGCAGCAAACGUCGACAAUCAAAAGUUGCAGAUUUAUUUGACCCGUUUGCCGCGUCUAGGAGCUGCCUAUCAAAAUACAGUUGCCUAUAUGUCUUCUCUGUACGAAAUUACAGUCACCUGCAUUACGAACAAGGACAUCAGCGCGAAACUUCCGUUGACGUUCGAACCAAAGAUCGUGGCUGUUGGGCGUCGCCAUUUAGGCAUUGCCGUCAACAAUCGGGCGUGGUAUUACGUCGUGUCACAAAACGGUCAGUGGCUUGUGAUGAAACGUAGAAUCUACGAUUAUCGUUUUACAGGAAUAGAGCUGCAGAUGGAGAAAGAAUAUAUGAUGUCGAUUUGGAAGAUGAAAUUCAACUCACGAUAUGCCUGUCUCUUUGGCAACGGAAAGUUAAUUGCACACGAGGCGAGUACUUCAUUUCGAAUCACUCUGAUGACUAAAACUUUUUAUUACGGUAAUAAUGAUGUAUAUUAUGAAUGUCUAUUAUGAAU